AGUGAUGGUGCUGAUGAGACCUGCGAUGUCUCUGAGAGGUGAGGUGUGUGUGGUGACGGGAGCCGGUGGAUUCCUGGGGAAGAGGCUGGUGAGGCUUCUGCUGGAGGAAGAACAAACCGCUGAGAUACGACUGCUGGACAAACAAAUACAGCCGCAGCUAUUAGAGUCUCUGGAGGACUGUAGAGGCGACACAAAGCUGAGUAUUUUCGAGGGCGACAUCAGAGACAGUGAAUUCCUGAGAAAAAGCUGUCGAGGAGCAUCGAUCGUCUUCCACAUCGCCUCCAUCAUUGACGUUAAGGACGCAGUGGAGUACAGCGAGAUAUACGGGGUCAACGUCAAAGGAACGCAGCUGCUUCUGGAGGCUUGUAUCCAGGAGAACGUGGCGUCCUUCAUCUACACCAGCACCAUCGAAGUGAUGGGACCAAACUCCAGAGGCGAUCCCUUAAUCAACGGCAGUGAGGACACGGUGUACGAGUGCGCCCUGAAGUUCGCCUACAGCAAGACCAAGAAGGAGGCCGAGUGGAGAACCCUGCAGGCCCACGGAGAGGUUCUCCAGAACGGAGGCCGGCUGACCACGUGCGCCCUCCGACCGAUGUACAUCUACGGGGAGGGCUGCCGCUUCCUGUUGGGCCACAUGGGCGAAGGCAUACGAAACAACAACGUUCUGUUCCGCAUGUCUCGACCGGAAGCCCUAGUGAAUCCUGUGUACGUCGGCAACGUGGCCGUGGCUCACCUCCAAGCAGCACGCGGCCUCAAAGAUCCACAAAGAAGAAGCGCCAUCGGAGGGAAGUUUUACUUUGUUUGUGACGACACGCCGCCUGUGAGCUACUCGGACUUCAACCACAUGGUGAUGUCUCCUCUGGGCUUCAGCAUUCAGGAGAAGCUCAUGUACCCGCUGUGGCUCCUCUACGCCGUCUGCUUCCUCAUGGAGAUGUUGUGCAUGAUGGUCCGGCCUUUCAAACGCGUCGUCCCGCCACUGAACCGGCAGCUCGUCACCAUGUUGAACACGCCGUUCAGCUUCUCCUAUCAGAAGGCCAAGAGGGACCUGGGAUACGAACCCAGAUACACCUGGGCGGAGGCUCGCAAACGCACCACCGAGUGGCUGGCGUCAGAGCUGCCAAUGGAGAGGGAGAGAAUAAGAGGAAAUUAAUUCAUUAAAAAGUUGUUUAUGCAUUAUCGGUUUGUGUCUGUUUUUUGUUUUAAGGCAUCCAUAACAACAUUAUCCUGCAGCGAGAGUGAAAACAGUAGUUUAGUGGAGGUGAAUGCAUCAAAAACAUGGCAAUCAUCUCCGUUAACGGCCCUUUUUAAGGCACCAUUUACUAUUUUUAUGUUGUUUGAGCGUCUUUCUAAUUAUUCUAAUAAGUUAAACACAUUUUUGUGGAGUCACCAAAGUUACAUGUUCCGACACAUCUGUGGUUUAGUUGAGGAUAAGCAUAUACUCUUUCAGUACUUUUUGAGGGGAGAGGAGGGUUGGACUGAUAGCACGCUUUUUUGACUCA